UGAGCCAGCCGAGCUCCCCGUCCUCCAGACCCGCGCCGACACUCCGCCCGUCCCCCUGACACACCACCAUGAAGAGGCAAAACGUGCGGACCCUCGCCCUCAUCAUCUGCACCUUCACCUACCUGAUAGUCGGUGCCGCGAUCUUCGACGUGCUGGAAUCCGAGAAGGAGACGACCCAGAAGAGGGAGCUGGACCUGCGCAAAGCGGACCUGCUCAAGACGUUCAACUUGUCCGCGGAGGACUUUGACGAGCUGGAGAAGGUGGUGCUGCAGCUGAAGCCGCACAAAGCCGGGGUGCAGUGGAAAUUCGCCGGCUCCUUUUACUUCGCCAUCACUGUGAUCACGACCAUAGGAUAUGGCCAUGCAGCCCCCAGCACAGAUGGAGGGAAAGUGUUCUGCAUGCUCUACGCCCUCCUGGGCAUUCCUCUCACCUUGGUCAUGUUCCAGAGCGUUGGUGAGCGGAUCAACACUUUUGUCAGGUACCUGCUCCAUCGCCUGAAGAAGUGCCUUGGCAUGAGGCGUACUGAGGUCUCCAUGGUCAACAUGGUGAUCAUCGGAUUCAUUUCCUGCAUGAGCACACUGUGCGUAGGGGCGCUGGCCUUCUCCAACUUUGAGGGAUGGAGCUUCUUUCAUGCUUACUACUACUGCUUCAUCACGCUCACCACCAUCGGCUUCGGGGACUAUGUAGCGCUGCAGCAUGAGCAUGCCCUGCAGACCAAGCCGGACUACGUGGCCUUCAGCUUCAUCUACAUCCUGACGGGCCUGGCCGUGAUCGGAGCCUUCCUGAACUUAGCAGUGCUGCGGUUCAUGACCAUGAACGCCGAGGACGAGAAGCGGGAUGCAGAGCAGAGGGCUCUCCUCGCUCACAACGGUCAGGCGGGUGGACACAUCCACUGUUCUGUAGACCCGGCCUCCCCCUCCUCUACGCCGUCUGGGUGCGGCGGAGGGAGUGCAGUUGGAGGCAGCGCUGGAGGGGCAGCGAGCCGGGGUCUACGCAACGUUUACGCUGAGGUGCUCCACUUCCAAUCCAUGUGCUCCUGCCUUUGGUACAAGAGUAGAGAGAAGCUGCAAUACUCAAUACCCAUGAUCAUCCCGCGUGACCUCUCCACCUCGGACACCUACAUGGAGCAGGGAGAGGCAUUUUCCAACCCCCUGCACUCUAACGGCUGCGUGUGCAGCCUGCAGCGCCACUCGGGCAUCAGCUCAGUCUCCACUGGUCUGCACAGCAUCAACACCUACAGAAGACUCAAUAAACGCAGAAGCUCCAUCUAAUCCAGGAGGCCUUCAUGCAACAAGGUCAAGUCCCACUUGUGUGCACCAUGUGGUGAGAGAGGGCCCUUCUAUGUGGUACUAGAUUGGCUGUGGACAUCAGGGCGACAGCUCCAGUCCUUAAGAGACGCAGUACUCCUGAUGUUUGCUUCUUUCUGCCACUGAUGAGCCUGGUGCUGCAGCCUCCAGACUCUGGCCGUGUAUUUAACCUCCAUUAGCUAAGCACAAACCAUUUAGGACCAGCAUCAUUACUGAUGUCACUGAGAAAUAAUGCUAAUGGUUGUUUAACAAGCAUUCGUUACACCAACUCAGAAACUGUUGCUGUUAGAAGACAGGGGAAAAAAACACGUGCAGCUCUCUCUGCACCUGAAUUCUAAUGUUAAAAGUCAUAACAUUGAAUUCAGAUUUUUUUUUGUCCAUUACACAGAUUUUCAUGUAUGAAAUAUGAAAAGGGACAAAGUACACUGUGAGAUAUGCUUUUAAGAAGGAUGGGGGGGUGUAUUAACUGUAUAUAAAUUCCCCACUAAGAAAUAUUUUGUUGAAUAAUCCUAAAUCCACUUUUUCCAGAAAGACUUUCCAAAAGGACUCUUUGGUUGUAAGUAUUACUCUCACCUCAGUGAAAUUAAAAUGUGUAUAUAUUUGGACACUUCACUAGUAGGAGUUAUUGAGGGAAAAGCAUAUUUUUUCAAAAAUGUUGUCAGUGUCUUCUCCUGUGUGUCUGUAACUGAAGUUCAGGUUCAAGCCAAACUUUCUGAUCUGUUUUCAUCUUUUUUUCCUCCCGUGGGAAAACUCAUAUUAAUGGCAAUUAAAUGAUUAAAUUAGAAUGAUAGGCUGAAAUGUCUCGGUGGAGGACGGGGACAUGUUGAACAGUGUCUCUCACCACUUGGCGUCCUCGCCGACCCUUUCAGACCUCACUGUUGUGUUCUGUACGAAUCACUAACAAUUUAUUUUUCAUGGUUUCUCCCUGUACAUCAAACAGUUUUGCUUUCCUUGUUGCUCGUCAUAUGUUUUCAUAUAGCACAACUAUAUUCUGAUAGUUUAACUAAGAGCAUGUCAGCUCACUUUGUGCAUCGUAGAGAGUCAUAUCUUAUUCACUGCUGCACCUUAGAAGACUGUUGUAUAUGCUUUCGGACACUGGAAAUCAGUGCACUAUUUUGUUUCAUUUUUUUAUUUAAUGGAAUCACAUUAUGUUUUGUUAUGUAAAUGAUCCGCCCUAAAUAAUUCUUACUUGUGUUAUCAGUCCGAGUUGUUUGACUUGAUACUCUGUGUUAUUAAUGAUUGAGAAUAAUAGCAGUACACCUCACUAAUAAAUGGCCUCAGAGUUUGCACCUCAUGCACUUAGGGGGCCUUUGCUCCAGCCCCACCUAAACACACUUGAUUCAGCCAACUGAGGUCUUUAUGCAGUGUUUGUUCUUGUCCUAGACCUCUGAAGGAGUUCUCUUACAUAAUCUUCAUUGUAUUUUAUUUUUGUAGUUUGACUUUACAGUGUAUCAACAUUUUAGUAGUGUCACGUUCAUUUCCGUCACAUUUUCAUCUUUUUUUUUUCUACUGGAACGUUCUAAUACUGCAACAUGCCUGUUAACAGUGUUCAGCAUCUCUCAUGACCUGAUAGAGGGACUGCAGUUGGCUGUGUGUGUGGCUAUACAUUUACAGUUUGUUUUUUCUGUAAUCAUAAUAAAAUAUGGUUUAAUUUAAAACAAUGGUUAAUUUGAGUGUCAUCUAGUCUAAUAAUCCUGAUCUUGUUAUUAAUGGUGAAAUAUACGUUCAUUUUAUUUUUGGCCAUUCUGUAUUUGAUGUUAUUAAUGUUGGGUUUUCAUCAACACAUACUGUAGGUGUAUUGAAUAUGACUGUUAAUCAUUCAAUUUGCUAAGAAAUCAACCAUUCAAACAGAGCCAAGGCCUGCUGGAAGCGAGCCUUCGCCUGACAUUUUUGCAUCAUGUCA